AUGCGCGCACUUUUAAAGGAGACGUUUGACAGUAUCCAUUCCCCACCCAACCUUCCAGCUGUGCUUAGCAACCCUGUAAUAAGGACGCAACUCCAAACUCUUAGAACAAACGGAGUCCUAACCCACCCCGAAUGGGAAAGCCUUUACAACCCAAGUGGGACAGGGACGUAUGGAAAAUCGACCGAUUUUGAUAUCAGCUUACUUUGUAAAUUGCUUCGAGAAAUAUGCAGCGUCACUGCUCCUGCUACUGGAUGGGACAACUUACCUAAGAGCACUGAUCACAGUCUUGAGGCAGAUAUGGUAAGAAUUAAAUUUUACCGUAACAACAUUUAUCAUCACAACCACAACAUGGAGGUAACAAAUGUUGAUUUUGAGAAGUUUUGGAUGGAAAUCAGUGAGGCCCUACUGAGAAUUGCUGGCCAAAUAAGUAGUGCAAAGAGAGAUGAGUGGAAGAAGUCCAUCGAAAACCUUUCGUGUGAUCCACUAACACCAGAUGCAAAAGAAUGUCUUGUUGAACUUCGAUUGUGGUACUUAAUGGAUAUGAGCUCUACAAGAUAA